AGUGUUGUCAAUGUAGGAAAGAAAAGAGAUAGCUAGCACUUUCCUUUGUCCCAUACUACCAUGUUUCCUCAAUAGUCUCUUGAUUUAUUUUCCAUCUCACUAUAUCAUACAUCACAUUUCAUCAAAAAAAUUCUCCCACCAAAUUUUUUUUCUUAAGAAAAAAAUUAAUGAUGUCUAAAGACCAGGGCGGAGGCGGGGAGGGAUCGUCAUCGGCCACCCACCCGCCACCUCUGCCGCAGCUGAGCCGGUACGAGUCCCAGAAGCGGCGCGACUGGAACACGUUCGGCCAGUACCUGCGGAACCAGCGCCCACCCGUGGCGCUGGCUCAGUGCAACUACGGGCACGUGUUGGAAUUCAUGCGCUACCUCGACCAGUUCGGGAAGACGAAGGUCCACAUGCAGGGGUGCAUGUUCUUUGGGCAUCCAGAGCCCGCAGGCCCUUGCACCUGCCCCCUCAGGCAAGCCUGGGGCAGCCUGGACGCCCUCGUGGGCAGCCUUAGGGCCGCCUACGAGGAAAAUGGAGGGCUACAAGAGAUCAAUCCAUUCGCCAAUGGAGCGAUACGGGUCUACCUUAGGGAGGUUAGGGAUUCCCAGGCCAAGGCGCGGGGAAUCCCGUAUAGGAAGAAGAAAAAGAAGAAGAUGAAGAAACUAAGUGGAACAGUCAACUCUACCUUUCCCUCUAUUCAGCAUUCUGCAGUCUGAGCAAUGUUGAAAGUGAAAGGAGAGCAGAUACAUGGCUAAAAUGACAUGUUUCAGAUUUCAGGGUUAAUUGCAGUUUUAGCUUUUAUAGCCGAAUUGAACAAGCAAACCGCAGUUCAACUCUUUUAAAUACUUCUAUUUCUUCGCUAUAUGACCAAAAAAAUUUUAGUGGGAUAUAAUAUAUAUACACUUAGUAAUUAACAGCAUUACAUUUAUCAGUUUUCUUGAUGUACUCUUUGAAUAUCUUUAUUUUAAGUUUGGUUUAUGCAAAUGGACGUUGAUUCUAUGAAAAA